CUGAUUCCACCUGUUUACUCAGUUGGUGACGUUGAAGUCCUGCGACCGUGGUGUAGUUCGUUUAUAGCCUAACAUUAACUUUGUACUUCUGGCGAUUGUAGUUAGGCUUCAAAUUUCCUAAAUGUUGUGUUCAUUUGUGAAGAUUAUUUUAUGAAAUAUGUAAGAAUCAUAAACUUUUGUUAGUCACAGAGUUUAUCCAGUAAUCCAAAAGGCAAUGGAAAAAUCCUGGGGUGGCCUGCAAAAAUACCUCAUCCCUGCAGGGUUGACGACUUCCGGAUUUGUGUCUGACACUUGAGAAGGGGACACACACACACGCCCCUCUCUUAAUGCGGAGAUAAAUUCCAGCGGGCAAUUACUACAUUUAUAAUGGCGAAGAUGCCAACGUGCAUGUUACACCAGUCCAAUAACAACUUUUGUUAUUGUCGAGAUCACAAGAAAAUUAAGUAGAGAUCACGAGAAAUGCCCAUUAGUUAAUCCGACCCAUCCUAGAUUUAGCCAGGAAAAGCUAAGGCUCAGUAAUACCUACAGAAAUGAUGAAUGAAAUCUGCAAUAGGAUCGCCAAUAUGAUUAGACUGACCAAUGGACAAUCAUUAUAUACUGUAAAAGAGAGAGAACCGUUUGAGGUUUUAGUUUAGUGACAGCGUUUCACUCUCUUGUACGGUAGCGUGGCCGAGCGGUCUAAGGCGCUGGAUUAAGGCUCCAGUCUCUUCGGGGGCGUGGGUUCGAAUCCCACCGCUGCCAAAACGUUUUCAAACUAUUCUUUGAAAUUGAGACAUAAUGAUACAUGUAAAUUAAUGCCUAAUAGAUGUAACGGUGAACGGUAUCAAAUAUUAUAAUACCAUGUUGUCUGAACCAAGGCAGUAAAGCAUAUUAGAAAAGCAUUGCCAUUGUGACUGGUCUCUUAUUUUGAAAGCAAUCCCAGUACAUGGGGUAGAGAUUUGUAUCUUCCUUCACACCACUUCAGAGUUGCCGGUUAAAUGUCAUUUGGGUUUCUUUUCAGGUCAGUGAAACAGCCUUUUCAUUAUGUGUCAGUAUGAGACUUGUGCUUGUAAAUCUUAUGUUUAAUAUAUAAUGGUAAUAUAAAUAUAUGUUAAUCAUUAUUAAAAAUGAAUAGAUCAAUGAAGCACGACAAGGGCUGUUCUUUAACUCUUGCACUGACUGUCUGCUCUGCUGCUAUUGGGGGAACUCUUCAGUAUGGCUACAAUUUGGCCAUCGUCAAUGCACCCACUAUCUACAUACAGAAGUUUAUUAAUGAGACGUGUAUGGAGAGGUGGGGCACAGCUCUGGACUCCAAUCAGGUGGUCCUUAUCUGGACCGUUAUAGUUUCUGCCUUUUCCCUUGGCGGACUGUUUGGGUCGCUGCUUGCUGGCCCUCUGGCUAUCCGCUUUGGACGCAAACAAACCCUGUUGCUGAAUAACUCUUUCCUUUUGGUUAGUACACUCAUGGCACUGAGCAGUCGCUCAGCCAAAUCCUUUGAGAUGAUCAUCAUUGCUCGUUUGCUUGUAGGAGUUAAUGCAGGCGUGAGCAUGAACGUCCAGCCUAUGUAUUUCGGGGAGAGUGCUCCUAAAGCCAUGAGGGGUGCUGUUGCCUUUUCCUCUGCUGUUUUCACAGCAAUGGGAAUCCUACUGGGGCAGGUGACAGGUUUGACUGAACUGUUGGGGCGUGAGGCUCUCUGGCCGUAUCUUCUAGCCAGCAACGCUGUUCCUGGCCUGCUCCAGCUGCUCACGCUUCCUUGGUUCCCGGAGAGCCCUCGCUACCUGCUCAUCGACAGAGGCGAUCGAGAGGCCUGCAGUCACGCUCUUACCCGCCUGAGGGGCUGUAAUGUGUUUGAUGCUGAGAUGGAGGAAAUGCUGGAGGAACAGAAAGCAGUCGGUGAGGCUCGAGCCAAAUCACUCUGGGAACUACUGUCUGAUCGUAGUCUUCGGCGUCAGCUGUGCAUUGUCAUGGUAGCCAGCAGUUCCAUGAUGCUCUGUGGGAACGACUCCAUCUACUUCUAUGCCUCAUACAUAUUUCAGGAGGCAGGAAUACCCAUGGAUAAGAUCCAGUAUGUUGCCAUUGGCACCGGUGCUUGCGAAUUCACUGCAGCUGUAAUGUGUAACUUUCUGAUUGAAAGACUGGGUCGUCGCUUGCUCCUUGUUGGCGGGUACGUGUUCAUGGCUGGCUGGGCAGUGGUGUUCACCCUGGCUCUGUCUCUGCAGGGUAAAGUGGCUGGUAUGCCCUACCUGAGCAUGGCAUGUGUCUUUGCUUACAUCCUGAGCUUUGGCAUGGGUCCUGCAGGGGUAACCGGUAUACUUCCCACUGAGCUCUUCAACCAGAUGGAUCGACCUGCAGCUUACAUGAUGGCCGGCUCCAUGAUGUGGCUCAACCUCUUCUUGGUGGGAAUGGCCUUUCCUUUCAUAGUCAACAGUAUGGGCCAGUUUUGUUUCAUUCCUUUCUGUGGUGUGUGUGUGGUCUCAUCCAUAUUCAUCGGUCUUGUCUUACCUGAGACAAAGGGGAAGACUAUAGCUGAAAUCACUGCAGAGUUUGAGAAACACAACAAGAAGGCCUCAUCUAAUUCAAAACAGGACCACUUACCGCUACAGGAAUCCAAACACAUUAUCCAUCUGAAUUCUGAUGAUUGAUAGAGUUCAUACAAAUUGAUUAUACCGUGUAUUUUACAUUAUUGUUCUUGCUGGCUUUGCAAUAUCAUCAAGUCUGUGCUGCAUCCAUUUUGUUAAAGGUACAGUCAGGUGUUUUGGGAAGACAUUGGAUUCUUCUAGCACAGAUUCCAAAUUUUUAAAUAAUUUCUAAUUGAGUAAAUGAUCAGUUAUUCAUACCUGAGCGUUAUUUAAUUUGCUGUUUGAUGGUAGUCCCAAUGUCAGUGUCUGAAUAAAUCUAAAUAGUAGACUUCAGGGCAUCUUAAAGUUUGCUCGUUUUGCUGCUGGCAGCUUGUGACUGUUUGUGAUUAAAACAUUGUCUGCCUGGGAACAAUAACCCAUGUCUCCAGUGACAGACAUUGGGUAGGCUGAUUUUAUUGACAAUCAAAUUAUAUCAGAUUUAUUAAUAUUUAUUUAUUUUAUUAUUAUUCAGAUAAAUUCUUUCUUGAAUAUGCGUGAUUCUACCAAAAACAAAUUAUGCAUGCUGUCUCUGUAUGUAUACGUAUUAAUAUUUUAGUAGGCUGUGAAUUACUUAUUUCUGUGUAUGCACUGAUAAAAACAUUGUACAGGAUAAGCUAUUUAUAACCUAAUUUAAGUUUUAAAAUGUAAAAUUUAUAUUUUUGCUGCAGUGUAAAGAGAUUCAACUAUAUGUAAUAUGUUAUUUCAAACUCAGAGAUUCUCUUUCGCUAUUCAAAUGCUGUUAUGUUAUGUAUAAUGGUGCUCCAUACAUAAAUGAUGGUGUCUCCUUUAUUAAGAAUGCUAUGAAUAAAAAGUCAUGGUAUUUGAU